AUGGCUGACAAACAGGAGGACACAGCACUUCUGCCUGUUGAUGAUAAGAUUGACUUGUUCGAUGACACUAUGAGUUGGGAGAAGCUGUCUGUGCCAGAGUCUAUUAUGGAGUUACUGCACGCAUCUGGCUUUCAUAUGCCCACUAAGACACAGGUGGCCGCUAUCAAGCCAAUCCUGUGCGAUCGUAAGCGCUCCGGGCUCCUUGAGGCCCCCACUGGCACCGGGAAGACGAUAUCGUUUCUCACCGUUGCCAUGUCGCAUAUCACACCAGAUAAAAGUCUUCCACAGGCCGUCAUAAUUGCUCCCACGAAAAUUUUGUGUCGUCAAAUAUAUGGAGUCGCUGAGAAUCUUGCCAAGGGGUCGAAUAUCCGUGUCAGCCUUUGUUUUGCUAAAGACGAACUGAAUGAAGGCGAAUUGAAUCCCACUGCACAUAUCGUUAUCGGGACAAUUCACUCUCUUUUAAAUAAUUUCAGCGGAAAGAUAGUAGUGAAAGGGAAGACACGAAUAGCAGAACGGGCAACCUUUGACUGUACCGCAAUUAAUACAAUAAUUAUUGAUGAGGCCGAUUACUUCAUUGAAAACAAGCAUGAGAUAUCGAAGUUUAUUGAGAUUGCUCCAAAGAAGACCAGGCGAUAUCUCUACUCAGCUACUAUGCCUAGUGAGGUCGUUGAUACGAUGGUUAAGGAGUGGCUAGAUGUUGACAACCCGUAUUUUGUGGAGCGCGUGAACAUAUACCUAGGAAAUUCUGUCCAGUUUUCUCUCUGUUGUACCGAGGCAGAUAAGACUGUUGCCCUGGACAAAGUAAUUAACUUGGAAAUCUAUAAAAAAGGUGCGCAAUCCAUUAUCUUUUGCAAAACACGCAAAUUUGUUGAUGAGUGCUACCGAGUGAUGAAAAACGCUGGCUAUAGUUGCUCUAGAUACCACUCAGACAUGAGCAAGGAAGCAAAGAUGGCAGAAUUUGAAAAGUUCAGAAAGCGCGAAACCAAUUGCUUGAUCACUACCGAUGGCUUGGCUCGAGGAAUAGAUGUCGCUACUAUAAGGCUGGUGGUCAACUAUAACCCACCUGUCAAGUGGGUCAAUAACGGGGAUGAAGUGGCAGACCCUACCCUUUACACUCAUCGCAUUGGACGUGGUGGUAGGUUUGGAAAGGCAACUGUUUCCAUCACACUAUAUGAGAAAGACACAGAGGAAGUGUAUAUGAACAAAAUAAUUGAGCAUAUAGACGAAAAGUACGCUACCCAGAAAAGGACAGAGCACGUCAUCACGUCGCUAGACUCUGUUGACGAGAUCAAAGAAAAAGUGGAGUCGAUUGUUAGAAAAGUUGACGACGAGAUCAGCAGGGAAAUUGAUGAGCAGAAUAAAAAAACGGAAAAGCGCAAUGAAGAUGGAAGGGCAGAAAGACGUGAUGAUGUGGAAGGCCUGGAAUUGUAG